CUAUGAUCUUUGUCUACUGUUUAAUCUAGCUAGUUUAUGGUCAAUGUUUGAGUGAUUUGUCUGAAUUCGUAAAUGUCAAGUAUUUUUGAGCUCAAUUUCUAAAGAAAUGGCUGAAAACCGUGAAGAAAUUCUCGCAAAUUUCCAGGGCAUUACAGCAAUAGAUGAUGUUGCCGAAGCUAUAUACCACCUUGAAGAAUCCAACUGGGACUUGCUGACAGCCAUAAACCGUGUGAUGCCGCAAGAUGGAAACAACCCAACAGCACAGCCCAGUGACAGUACACAUGAUGUUGAGAUGAUAGACGAGGACAUAUCUGUGAUAACUCCAAAAAUACACCCACCAGAUCGGAUUUAUACAAAUGAAGCCUCAACUUCGUCCCCUCGGAAUAAUGUUAGCAACCUAGUAGAACUACAAGUUAACUUUAACAAUAAAAUGCAUGAAAUCAAAAUGUCUUCUUCAGCUACAGUCAGUGAUCUAAAGAAGCGGCUGGAGCUAGUGUGCGGGGUGCCGUACUGCAGACAACAACUGUCGGGGCUGGGCGGCUCGCGCGCCACGGCCGGCGCGGCGCUGGGCUCGCUCGGCCUGGCGCGCGGGCAGGUGCUGCGGCUCAAGGCCGCCGACCAGCAGGCCGCUGAUGACGAAGUGGCCGAGCUGCUAACACAAACGUACACUCUGAAGGUGAAGUUCGAGGACAAGGACUACACGCUCAAGUUCCCCGGCACCAAGACCGUGCAGGAAGUGAAGAACGACUUCUACGCGCUCACGGACGUGCCCGUGAGGCAUCAGCAAUGGUCGGGCUGGCCGUCCGUGCCGGGUCUAGACGACACGGUGCUGGCCAUGGCGGGGCUCUCGCGCCCCGAGCACGAGCUCGCCGUCAAGCGGGCGCCCGCCAAGCAGAAGGACUACAAGAGGAUAAUAAUCGACAGUUCAGACAGCGAGAACAGUUCAGUGGAAGAAGUGGAGGACUCGGCCGACGGGUUCGUGGCCGAGGACGACAUGUUCGUGGACCUCGUGCAGUCCGAGCGGUUGCAGCCCUUAAUGUCAGAAGCUGUGGAGGACGAGGCGAUCGGCUGCAUAGAGUUCGGGUCGCGGUUCCGCGCGCGCUACGGACCCAACACGCCCUCGUUCUUCGAGGGAACCCUGGCGGACGCCAUCAAGGAGGCCUGCUUGAAACCCGCUAAAGAUCGGAAGCUCCUCGGCGUGUACCUCCACCACGAGCAGUCCGUGCUGUCCCACGUGUUCUGCGCGCAGCUGCUCGGCUGCGAGACCGUGCUGCACACGCUGGCGCACAACUUCGUGCUGUACGGCUGGGACCUCACGCACGCGAGCAACAACCAGAUGCUCCUAACGUCAAUAGCGAACGCGCUCGGCCCCAUGGCGUCCAUGACGGUGCGCAGCAUCCCCGUGGAGCGCCUGCCCGCGCUGCUGGUCAUCAUGCGCGUGCGCAGCAACACGGAGAUCUACUCCGUUAUCAACGGCAACGUCGGCGUCUCCGAGCUAGUGGGCCAGCUAGUGGAGGCCAUCGAGCGGUUCGCAGCAGCAAGAGACCAGGACGCGAAGGCGGAACACGAGCGAGAGGCGAGACAGCGGGUGAAGAGAGAGCAGGAUGAAGCAUACCAGCAGAGCCUUGAGGCUGACAGAGCUAAAGAAGAAGUGAAGAAACAGGUGGAACUAGAAAAGAAUCAAGAAAUUGAACGAGCAGAGAACGAAAGACUUCAAGAGGAAGCUCGGAAACAGGCGCACCGCUCGGACGCGCUGUCGCGAGUGCCGCCGGAGCCGGCCGCCAGCGACGGCGACGUGUCGCGCAUCCGCGUGCGCCUGCCGCCGCCGCACGACACGUGUCUCGAGCGCCGCUUCCGCUACACCGACACGCUGCAGGCGCUAUUAGAUUACCUAGCAUCAGAAGGUUUUCCACACGAGUCAUAUAAAGUGAUUUCUGGCUGGCCCAGAAGAGAUCUAACAACAGAGCCGCUAUCCAGCACGCUGCAAGCCCUAAAGCUGACUCCUCAGGAGACGGUCAUGCUGGAGGAGCGGUGAGCGCCGCCCCGCCCCGCGCCCCGCCCCCGCCGUCGCCCGGCCUUUGUGAACUGUACACUUUUACUGCCAGUUUCAAUAACUCUAUCUACCGAUGACUGGUAGUUGCUUUCGUACGCUUUUGACAAAUUAAGGGCCUGUUUCACAAUGUCUGAUUAGCGGCUACCUGUAAGAUAAAAUACAUGCUGUCACUCUCUGUUAUUAUUUUUUGGACAUGCAUGAGUUUUACUUCCCAGGUAGCCACUAACCAGACAUUGUGAAACAGGACCUUAAAGUUACAACCUGUCAAAAUCGUAUGAAAGUAACUAGAUACCAGUCAUCGGUAGCCAGAGUUAUUGAAACUACCUACCGAUGCAUUUCGUCUAAUCAGAACUUUUGAUGACUUCGUUAUUGUAUUGUAAACGGCUUUGAUAUAAUUAUUGAGUGGCUUAGCUAGGGUUGAUCAUCGUAAAUAAAUAAUAAUUGUAGAGUUUUUGAAUAUAUUUUUUCUAUAACGGUUUGCUACAUACCUAAUGGAGGUUUUAUUGUUGUUCCAAUUUCGAUUUAUCCUUUACUAAGUAAUAUUAUAAGUAGCUUUUUCACUGCGUUUAUUACCUACCAUUUAACGAUGAGUAAAUAGUUAACCCGGUCAAGUUCCAAACAGACUGUUGUUGAUUGUGUUAUGUAAAACUGUACAGUUCACAAAAUGCCCGAAAAAUUCCAAAUAAAUAAACACCACAACAUAUUUUUUCUCAAACACUAUUCCGAGUCGAAUUGUGAAAAACACGGGAAAAACAAAACUUAUUUUCUAUAUUAAUGCCUAAUUUAGCAUGUUUCGUUUAUAAUUUGUAUAAAUGGUUAAUUAAAAUAGCUUACAUUAUAAUGUAAAAUACAUAAUGAUAAUGAUUUUUAAUAUAGUUACGAGUAGUCGCAGCAUUUUUGAAGUUUAUAAUUUUUCACACGAAGCAGUGUGCGCUGUAUCUGUACAAGAUGUGUAAACAAGUAAAUAAAAAAACUGAUGGAUGAUGGA